AUGGUCACUUCCUCAGCCUCACCACAGGCCACUCCAGGUGACUGCAAAACUUUCCCUUCAGGAAUACAGUACCAUUCAGUAGCCGCAGUGCGUCCUCCGGAGGAUAAGGAUUUGAAGGCAGGAUCAGGCGAUCCGGAUAACCUAUUGUCCGCACUUUCCAAGAGGCGCAUGAACUAUUCUGAGAGGUCAUUUAAAAGAACCUUAAGGUUCAAGGUGAAUCCACGCCCAAGGCAGCCUUUCCUUUCCCCCCACUUCGAAGGCUGGGCUGGAAGUGCCACCAGCCGCGGAACCGGCCGACUCCGUCUCCUCCCGAGACCCCGGCCCCGGAGCCACAGCGCCCGCGUCCCGGCGGGAGGCUGCGCCAAGUGUCCCCGGCGGGGCCCGGCGGGACGGCGCGGAGACGGAAGAGCCCGGAGGACUGGUCGCCGCCUCCCGAUCGGGGCGCGUUACCACUCGGUCGCGGCCGCUAACCAACGUACGACCAGACGAGAGGAAAACGGGAUGUGGUCGAGGGACCGAGAAACCCCACACUUACUCUUCCCGACGCCGGAUAGAGCCUUCCUAACUUCCGGUAGCGGCUGGUCGCACUUCAAAAGCACCAGCUCUCAGAAGCAGCGACAUUGGGAGUGGCACCGUUGGCAGUGUUUGGUUCAUCACGACCUGGAGAUCCUGACUCAGGAAAGCAACCCAUCCACACAAACGUGCCUGUGA